AUGGCGUUAGUACCAGUGAAAGAAGGUAGUUCGAUGACGUACCAAUAUCCGGUUUUGACCGCAACAAACUAUCCGGUAUGGGCGGUCAAAGUGAAGCCGAUAAUGGAUGCUCACGGUUUUUGGGAGACCCUACACCGAUCCCAAGCAAGUGUGGGACGGACUGAAGACACGGUAUUUGGUGUAGAUCGGGUGAGAGCGGCUCGCCUUGCAACAUUAAGAAUGGAGCUUGAGAGUUCGCGAAUGAAGGAAGGCGAAACGGUUGAUGAGUUCAUGGUGAAACUGAGCGGGUUAGCCGCGAAGGUAAGAAGUCUUGGCUAUGAACUCGAAGAAGUCGACUUGGUGAAACGAUUGCUUGAUUCAAUGCCCAAACCGUUUUUCCAAAUUGUUGCGUCUAUUGAACAAUGUUUCGAAUUAGAGUCUAUGUUAUUCGAUGAAGUCGUUGGUAGGUUGAAAGCGUAUGUGGAGCGCUUAAGAGCCACGGAGAAAACGGAGGACAUUCAAGGUGGGUUGUUGUUGGGUAGCCAUGAAAAACCGCACGGGUGCAAGCAUUGUGGCGUUGGAAGCUCGAGCCGAGAUGACUUCGGGCAUGGCCGGGGAAGAGGCUGUGGGUCCGGGAGAGGUCGAGAUGGUAACGAGCGGUUCCGGGAUAAAAGCCACGUGAAACAUGAUAAGUGCGGAGAAUAUGGUCAUUAUAACAACGAGUGUCAGAAGUUGAAAAAUGAAGAAGCGAAUUUGAUUGAGGAGGAGCCGACAUCACUAUGA